AUGCUAGAGCGGUCGAAGUAAAUGGUGAUCUUCGCGAGGUUAAUUAAUUAUUUCGUGCGAAACGUGCAAAGUACAAAAAAUUAAUUAGAAUUGAACUCAGAGUGAAGUUACAAGGGAUUGCAUUACAAUUUCUCGAAUAUUAUAUUUCAGAGAGUUGACUGCUGCAUUCAGUAAUUUAUUUUUAUUUUCCCUUCGUUUAUUCAAGCAAAAUUAUCAGUCUGAAAGAGACUGAGUAUCUUUCGAGCAAUUACGAAAUGACAAUGUUAAAGACAAGCAUAAGUCUGUAAAAUAAUCAUCUAACGAUCGUACGAAUUAUUUGAUCAGUUAAUUAUCCAUAUCGGUCGGAUAUAGAAGAGUGCGUGGGCAUGCAAGGUGUGAUUCUCUGUGCUUUUAAAGCCAUCCUUGGCUUAGUAGAGCAAUGACUGUGUGAUGCCCGAUAUAAUAUCGAUAAUACGGUGAACACACAGGUAUCCAUCGUCAAGGGAAUCAGCCGACGGAUUCACAUGAGCGUGUAAAACCUUUGAAACAAGCGAGCCAUCCUUGAAACGCGUUGCUCCGGUCUGUUCCACUGACAUUUUCCAUGGGCGUAUUUUCGCUGUCUGUUGCAUAAUUACGUUUAGCCAUCGAUGGCUAGAAACUUUACAUCGUGAAUGUUAAAGGUCCAAUUAAAAGCACCUGGUGAGCAUACUAAGUAUCGAACUCGGAUCGAACUGCCCUUUUGCAUUAUUCCCAUUGUACUUUGACCUUUUAUGAUUUGAAACAGCUAUGUGUUAAUCACAUCUGUCCACUAGAACACACAAAUAUAUUCAUCGUUUUUUUCUUUUUUUUUUUUCAACAACGCGAUAUCUUUAAUAUCUUUGACAAAAUCUUUUACAAUAGUGUAGAAUUGAUCGCUUUGAGUCGAUCGUUCUUAGAAAGAUUCGUAGAGUAUUUGUUGAGUAUUCGUUAUUUGACGUUAAAGUCGAUUUGGAUUUGGAGUGCUAGUUGCCGGAAAUCGGGAAGACGUGGAAGACUCUCACGUGGAAGACGAGACGGAUACGUCGGAAAAGCAGCGAUCUAUGAAUGGAGGCGAGGCUUGUACGAUCAGUCGGCAAGCAAGGACGACUAAUUAUAGCGGUAGUAUCUCAGUUUCGUUUUGUACAUAUAUAUCGCGGAACAUUCAAUUCCGAGAUGGUAUUCCUGCAAUAGAGGACGUGACCCAGUUUAACGAUGACGUAAAGCGGCUCAGGAUUGAAAUUCAGGAAGGACACGAGACUCCAUAAAUCGUCGCUCUUUCUUCUUUUACUCUUCACUUUCUGUUCCAUUCUCUUAUUCGGAUUCGCCAGGUGCCCGUUUUCGCAGCGAUGAAUCUUAAACGCUGGAGGAGAAACGUGGAGAGAAACGAACGAACAGGGGAGAGAGGAAGACAGAAAAUUAUUUCGCGGACCGGGUCGAGUAUUCGCCUUGACCCGCUGGGGACACGAUGGCCUGUAAUUAUGUCAUCGUGUUACUCGAAUCUGCCUGGGAUACAUUGACCUAUUUUUCCGAGCAUAGACACGUUGAAUUAAUUUCCCUCGACUUUCGCUGUUACGAAUCAAACAGAAUCGCGUGACGUGAAUGGGAAUCACGCCUGAUCGUGAUUUGAUUUUCACUAUACUAAAAAAGAAUGGCAGGAUGGGGCUCG